UAUACCUCUAUUGGCCAACACCGAAUUGCAACACUGUUAUUUACUCAUUUCUUUCACCAGAAACGUCAACAAUUUUCUUACUAUUCGGUUUUGUUUUACGCUGUAGAAAUUUUCGCAACCGAUUUUUUACAAUUAAAAGGUGGUUUUAAUGCAUACAAUUAUUCGAAUAUUGUAAUAUAAGUUCUAAAAAAUCGUAUUGUAAUAAAUUUUGUUACAAAAUACUAAUCUGAAAUGCAGAAAAGUGCGUUUAAAGAAAUGUGAUACAAAGAAAGUCUUAAAGUGGUCAAGAAAAAGAUGUGAAAAUUUUUUGCCAGCAGUAGAAGUAGUAGUGUGGAUAAAAAAUACAACAACAACGAUAUAACCAAAGCAAUUUCUAACAUUGUAUGGGGCUAGAAAAGUUACUACGCACCUGUCGAUAUAACCACCUAUAACGGCUAUAAUCCAUUGAAUGGUGUUCCCGAUUUUUUCCUUGAAUGCGUUGCGCCUAAAUCCAAAUAAGCCCACCGUUCGUCCGUAUGGAUAAUAUUAAGCAAAUAUUAUGACCUGACAGUAAUAGUGUGUGUAGAAAAAAGUGAUAAACACAGCGGCUACAAAAUGUUUACAAAAAAGUCGCAUGCGGAUAUAAAGAAGUCUACGGGCAAGUUUCAGGACUGCAAGAAGGAUUCAGCAUCUCGCUUGCGUCAUUUGCGUACAAUUCUAGACAAUGUUGACCAAGAAGAGGCAAAAUCAUUAUUCGAAACGAACUAUAGUCACGUAUAUUUUAUACUCUACGAUACCUUUAUUCAAGCGGAGGCGAACUUAAAACAGAAAGUACACAAAGCUCAUCGCGAAGAAUUGGACGGCUCGCUAUGGCUGCUCGAGAAAAUAUUGUGUUGGCUGCCGGAGUUACUGGCACGGCGCUGGCAAUGCCACUCACUCAGUCGCAUUAUGGCCAAAUUGUUGCAUUUGGGGAAUUCGCCGAAGCUGCGGCGCGAAGGGGUGCGCUAUUUCCUCUUGUGGUAUCAGACGCUGGGUGAAAAUGCACCGUCCUAUGUGCAUUCCAUGUAUGCCGACCUGAUACCGGGUUUGAUAGUGCCGCAGAAAGGCAUUGUCGGUCCGGAUGUCGAGUUCAAUGCGACUGAUUUUCUCAAUCAUCCGAAUAUGAAAGUCGAUGGCGGCACUACUUCGGUUUUCCACGAUACCUUUUCGCAUCCGGUGCAGAAUUCCGAAAUUGUAGCGUUGCUGCCGCCCUCCUCGAAUGAGAAAUCCGCACCGCCUGAUCCACGUGAUGGCUUGGAAAUUCUACUAAAUAGUAUGUUGCAAACUGUUGCUUGUUUGCGCUGGCGCGACAAUCGCUCGCAAAAGGAUCACAAGGCAUUUGCGUUUUUGCUGCAGCGUUUUAAGGAUGUUUUUCUGUCUGUGUUCUGUCCGAAUUUCGAUUUUAGCAUGUCCGUGUAUGAACCGCGUCUGGAAUUGCCCACAAUGCGAUCGGUGAACAAGAAGGAGGAAGUGAUGUCCUCUUGUGUGGUGGUGCUGAUCAAUUGGAUCUCGCAUUUUACGCACGAGCGCACCAUGAAUCAUCGUCUAGAUAAUAUGCACAUCAAUGAAGGACAUCGUCUGCGCGCCUACCAACAAAGCUUGAUUGUGCGUGAUGUGCUGUAUGCGACGCGCGAAAAUAUAAAUUUCGUCCACGAAGUGUAUCGACAAGCGUUCUUGCUGAAUUUCACAACGAAAUUACAAAUCGAUGCGAUACGCACGGCAAUUGCUGUUUACCGUGACUGGAUGACGGGGACCACACCACCACAAUUCUUGCUCGAACCGAACGACAAUGGUAGUGGCAAUACAUCGUUACCGAACAAUAGUUCGGCUGGCAGCACACCGCGUAGUCAACGCCUGCGCACACCUUCCUACGUUGGUGCUAUGAGUAAGGAGAAUAUAGCGGUGCGCGCUGGGCUACAAAGUGUGCUACAGAUUUUCGUCACUAAUGCCGCAAAUGUGUUUCUGGUCAACACAAGCCAUUUGAACAUAAACUUUUCGACCAAAUCGCGCGACUAUCGCUCCACGCCUUUGCACGAGCAAACGGAGGUGUGUAAGAAAGUGCUUAAUGUCUAUCGCACGAUGGUGAUGAACACGCGCAUGGAGCCGAAGACUUGGGAACAGCUGUUACUGGUCUUGCUGCAGGUGACUUCGAUUGUGUUGCAUCAAAACCUCUCUGGUUCAAAGAGUUCCAGUUUGGGAGGGAUACUUGGUCAGGCUAUCUUUCAAACGCUGAUUGUUACAUGGAUACGCGCCCAUACAAAUGUGCCGGUAAAUGUGCAACUUUGGGAAAAAUUUCUAGCUGUGCUCGCUUCACUAACGUAUCGCGACGAGCUGAUCAUCGAAUGGGAUAAGACUAUACAAACGUUGACGCGUGUCUUCUCGCGUUAUGUAUACGCGUUGAAUCUGCAAGAUCUGCCGUUGGAUCGGCUGGCCGAAAGCAAGGGUAAGCGCCGACGUAUUGGCAGCGUAUGGCAGCAAUCGGGCGGCUCUGCUAUAGGCGCGAUGAAGGAAGGUCGUGAUCGUGAUAGCGCAAUCGAUCGCGAACGUGAAUCGAACAGCAGCCGCUCAGAUGAGCAAUCAAAUACGGGCGCUGGUGGGCUGUUACACUCUCACCAAAAUUCGCUGAGCGGCGGUGGCCAUGGCUUACAUGCGCAUGGUGGCGCUACAUUGCGUUCAGGACAUGUCGCUAUGACGCCGCAGCUUAGUCGCAGCUAUAGUGAAGGUAGUUUGGCGUCAGUUGCGCGGAAUUCGCGCAUGCGCAGCCGGCGUCAUCGUAAUAUGCAAAAGAGUGCUGUACCACCGGCACUGCCGACAAACGUCGAGCACUCGCUGAGCGCGUUGCUGUCGCAACAAUCGACGUCGGAGUUAACGCUUAGUACGGAAACUCUAAAUGCGCGGCGUUUUGGAGGCGGCGCGUACACACAUGCUACGCAACAGCACAACGAUAUGCGGCGCGCGAUGUCACUAGAUUCGGUAGCGAAUUUCGGCGCGCGCCAAAGACUUCGCAAGCGUCGUCAACGUUGCUCCACACAUGGCGAUGACGAAGAAGAUGUGCUAGAUGGAGAGGACAAUGAAAGUGGAGCAGAUUCGCGUAGUCCAUCGCCAACGGCAAGUAGCGGCAUUGAAGGCAGCUCUAUUAAGGAUGCACAAAUACAGAUGGAUGUGCUAGCGGUGGACAGUGGCAGCUUAGAGGAAGGUAGUUCAGGUAGUUUUCUCGGCUCCGAAAGGCGCUCUAUAAUACUGGGAGGUGUGGCCACUGGUUGGCUGCCGGAUUCAACGGCUAUUAUGUGGAAACGUAUGUUGGGUGCGCUCGGCGAUGUAAAUCGCAUACCCAAGGCUGAGUUGCAUGCACAAGUUUUCAAACAUCUACUUGACAUGACGACCAAUUUAAUAAAAAUCAAGCAAAAUCAGGGCAUUUCCACGGAUAACCAAAGCACACCGCCACCACCUACACUCGUGCCGCCCAUCGGCAUUGUGGCGCCUUGGUGCUAUGGCGCACUUGAGUUAGAUAAAUCAUUUAAAAAGGGCAAACUGUUGGCGCUACAGCUGCUUUGCUCGCUAGCUGUGCACGGCGCUGUGUCGGGCAUGCAACAUUUGUCACUCUUCUAUCACUCGCUACAUAAAUUACUCACGGGUGAGGAUCGCGAUUUGAUUUAUGCAAUUCUAAAACAUGUUGAGGGACCACGUUUCUUGAGUCUGUUGCUGCCUGGCCACACGCUACUGUUGCUAGACGUAGUGCACGCCUCGGCGAUACUACUCACCUCGCUUGAGGCGAAUCGCAACACACCGCGCGCUGAGGUAGCCGCCUUGCUCGGUUCGCUACUGUGUUACCCCCCAACGCUCAUACCGCGUCCAGUAUUGCAACCGUCGCCACAAAUAUUCGAACUGAUGGAAUGUCCCGAUCUGCAAGAUCACAUACUAAACAUAGUGUUGCGUUGCGCGCGUCGUGAGCCAUCCGCCAAAGCGCGUUGCAUCGCGCUCUCGCAGCUCGGCCAGUGGAUUUUGUUAAAGUUAUCCCAUCCGUUACACACAAGCAGCCGCUCCCGUGGUUACUUUCAGCAAGCAAUUCCACAUCCACCUGGCGUGCAACCGCGUGACAUCCACCAUAAUUUGCAAUUCAAUCCACGCAUACGCGAAGCGUUGCAAGUUCUACUCCAAGCUUUGCAAUUCAAACAUCGCACCAUUGCGAUUGUGGCGGUCGACGCUUUGAAACUCUGUGCGGAACGCGGACGUGAGCUGGCAUCUAUUGAGCGCUUACCACAGUUAAUUAUCACCGCUAUAUGUAAGGCACUAGAAAUACAGCAAGUAGCGAAUCCAAAAGACUCUGACAAGGUUGUGCUUACUUCGCUGAUGCUUUGCCUUGGUGAAUACUGCAUGUCAUUUCCGGUAUCCUUGAUGUUGGCGCCGCUUAACGAACGCGGUGACACACUGGUGUUGUUGGUGUUGCGUGUGCUAAUGCAAAUCGCUUCGGGUGCACCUAGACACGAACGCGUCAAAUUGACCGCCGACGACGACUUCGAUACGCACAUCUCCAGCGAUGAUCUGCAGACGGACGGCAAGCUGCCUGAGGCGAACUACCAGACCUCGGAGACAAUACAAGCGUGCAUUAGCGCUAUAAAGAUGUGCGCCAAAGCUAUAGCCAUGCAUUUGGUUACACAUUUGGGACAUUUUCCAAUGGGUAUUGGCGCCUCCAGACUCAGCUCGAUGGUGGAGGAGCAAGAUGAUGUCGCGGCAAAUGCCAGUUCGGGCUCACAGAGCGUUGGUGCUAGUGCGCGUCGUGAUUCCGUUGAAUUGCCUUCAGUGUUGCAUGCGCAGAAUAUGCAGCUUUUCAUGCUAAGUUCGGGUUUGGUGGCAAGUUUCAUUGAAUUGCCAGCGCUUAAGUUGCCGGGUGGUGGCGCAACGGCAGGCUUAAUAACCGCUGAUAGGCAAGUGCGUGUGCUGCUGCGCGAUUUGAACGGAAAAGCAUGUUGGGAUGCAUCGAUACUGUAUAGUGAACCGCGCAAAUGCAUCAAGUCCAUGACAAAUGAAAGUACAACUUCGGCGCAUGCGGCUGGUGGUAGCGCAGCUGUGGAACGCAUAGGCGAUAGCAUGCAACGUAGCUUCAACACAACGCCACAACAUCGAAAUAUGUCGCAGCCGAUGGAUUCGUUGAUAUCGUCAAUCAUUGGCCUAGAUAUGUUGCCACCGCGACAUACUUUACGACAUCGUCCGGCGGGUGAGUUGCCACUAGCCAAAGACUUGGCACCCGAUCUCGAUCAACUGGAUGAUCUUUUGGCCUACAUUGGUCACACAAGUCCUGAGUGCUUAACGAAUCCUUUGGCGCCGCUAAAUACGCCUGGGCCCAGUCCGCUGGGCAGCAGCUUGGAGGCACAAACCAUUUCCAUUAUACUCAAUCAGCGCUCGCUAGAACAAGAAUAUGUCUCAAAUCUGAAUCAACAAGCUUUACAAAAUAACACCAACACCGCUGCGUCACUACAGCAUGAUCAGCAUUCAAUGCAUUCAGUCGAACAAGCUUCACACGCUUCAUUCGAAUCAUACAAUACGACAAGUCUAACGGGACGUACGGAAAUUCCCUUCCAGUAUUGUCGCUUACUUUUCUCACACCUCGGCAUGGCCGGCUGGGAGCGUCGUUCGCGCACACACCUGCUGCAACGCACCGAAAAGCUAUUGCGCGAACUGCGCAAUGUGGAUCAACAACGCUGUCGCGAAACACACAAAAUGGCGGUGAUUUAUGUGGCUUCCGGUCAAGAGGACAAGAGCAGCAUAUUGAACAAUGCAAGCGGUAGCAGCACUUAUGAAAUGUUCGUCUCAGCGCUGGGUUGGGAAAUCGAUUUGGAGACACAUAACGGCUUUCUUGGCGGUUUGCCACGUCAGGGGUGUGGUGCUACAGCGCCCUACUAUGCUACACCAUUUCUGGAGGUGAUUUAUCAUGUGGCUACGCGCAUGCCCUCCGAUUCGCCGGAAAAUUUGCUAUUGAAGACGCGUCAUCUGGGCAACGAUGAGGUGCACAUUGUGUGGAGCGAACACUAUCGCGAUUAUCGACGCGAUAUAUUGCCGACAGAGUUCUGUGAUGUGUUGAUUGUGGUGUAUCCGCUGAAGAAUGGUCUCUUCCGUGUGACGGUGAAUCGUAAGCCAGAGGUGCCUUGGUUCGGUCCGUUGGCCAAUGAGAGUAUAGUAAGUGGUGCCUGCUUGGCGACGCUAAUACGCGCAACAGCAAUUAAUGCGAGUCGCGCUAAACGCGCAGCCUUGACGCUCUUCCAGCAAUAUUAUGAGGAACGCAACCGUUCUUUGGAGAGCGUCUCAUCGCGUUACAAGGAGAGCACCACUUUUGAGGACUUCGCAAAUCGCAUCUACAAUCCAAUGCCGCUACGUGAUACCAGUGCAGCAGCGCCACUUGCAGCUGCUUUGAUCGACCACAAUCGCUCAUCAAUAAAGGGGUGGGUGCAGGCUUCCAUCGAUUCCAAUACAAAAGAUAUAAUGCAUACGGGUCUGGCGCCCUCCGCCUCGGCCACCACCACCGCUGCUAUGGAGGCGGCAACGAACAGCUCAUCAUCGCCGCGCGGCGCACGCAAAUUGGGCGCGCCCUUUAAAAGCGCGAACGUGCCAAAGAAAAACGCUUUGCAAACCAGUAGCAACACACCACCGGAGAGCCCAACAUUGCCUCUGCGACGCUUCAAAUAAUUAUAUAACAAUAGGCUACACUUAAUAAAAAAUUACUAGAGAAUCCGUUGAAAGCCAGUCAACAGAAUGAGCGCUGCAGAUGCAAAAUAUUAUUCAUUCCUUUGUGGUUUUUAGUUGAAACUUGACAGGAAUGAGUUAAGUUAACAUUUUUUUUUAUGUAAUUAACAUAACUUUUAAUGUGUAAAAGGCAUUUAAUUUUUCAAAAAUGUUUAUUUUUUUUAGUCUCAAAAUAUUUAAAGUAGAAACACACAUUUCAAAAGUAUUUCCAUUACAACUUAACUAUGUUCUCUAUCUCACUCACACUCUCUAAAUAUUAUUAAUUAUAUAUAAUAUAUAUUUAUGUUAAAAAACUAUUUUUAAGUUUAACUAAUUUUUUAUUAACUUUUAAACUUUGUGUAUUAUAUUAUUAUAUUUUAAGCUUUACAUAGCACGCUCUGUAUUUGUAUUGUAAUGUUAUUAUGUUUUAGGCAAUAUUUAUUAAAAAUAAUAAUGGUAUGAAUGCCAAAAAUCUCCGUUCCACACAUUUUGCUUUAAAUCAAAUAUACAUAUUUUUAAUUUAUUUUCAGAUUUUAUGUUUUAUUUUAUUAAAUUAUUUUUUUUUCUUUCUUAUAAUUUUUAAUUUUUAAUGGAUUCUUUUAAUUUAAUGCAUUCUUUACACUAAUUUUACAAAUUUUUUAAACUUUUUAAUAUUUUCUACUCUAAGCUUCUAUUUCGUAUCGAAAAAAAUUGUAUUUUUGUCUUUACUUUGCUUUAUAUUUUACUCUGAACAUAUACAUUUUUUUUAUUGUUAUUUUCACUUUUAAUCUUUUUUAUUAAUAUCUUCCAUAUGUUAUCAUUUUCAAUAUUUUUGUUGUACAAAUAUUUUUAAUUUGGUAUGUUUUUACUUUUUGGUUUUUAAUUUUUACUUUUUUAUUAUUAUUUAUUUUUUAAUUUUUAAUAAUUUUUUUGUUUGCAAUAUUUUUUUAUUUGUUACAUUACUUAAUUCUCUAAUUUUUAUUUAUUUCUAAUAUUAUUUAAUAUAAUAUAUAAAAAUAUUUUUAAUUAUUAUUUUUUUAUUCAUUUUUUAUAACGUUUUAUUAUUUUGAUUUGAUUUCAGAUUUUAAUUUUAACUUAUUUAUAUUUUUUUAAUUUUUUUUAUUUUUAUUAUUUAUUUGAAUUUGAUUUGUCAUUUUAGUUUGUAUUUUUAUGAUGUAAUUCUAGUUUCCUAUUUUAUACAACAUUCAAUACACGAUAUACAAUACAAAAAACAAUAUACACUAUAUUAAUAAUUAAAUUUAAUUUAUUGUCAAAAUAUAACAUCCAUUUCGCCGAUAUUUUCUUUUGUAAUAUAAUUUUAAUUUGAAAAUUAAUUUUGUUAUUGCAAAAAGCGUGUCGCGAAAUUAUAAAAUCGUCUGUACCAUAAAUUCUACUGGUUAUAGUAGUAUAAUAAAAUGUGCAGUAAACAUUAAGUAUUAGCAACAAAUAAUUAAAAUUUAUUACAAUAAUUUUAAGUGCGAAGAAAACAUCAAAAAGUGAAACUGUUCAAAACGCUAGCAUAAAAAAUAAAACUAUUAAUGCAUUAACAAUCGCAAAUUAGCUGUAAAAAUAUGAAAAAUUAAACAAUUUAAUUAAAAAAAAGAAAAUUUAAGUACAUUUAAAUGCAAACUUAAACACAAUGAACUGCUGUAGGUCUAAAGCAAAAAACAUCAAUUUAUUUUACGCCUAAAUGACGGUAUAUUAUAUAUAUAUAUAUCCAUAUACUAUACACUUACAUACUUACAUAUAUUAUUAAGCUAAAAUUCGUUUAAAGCGUUAUAAGCAUCAUACAAGUACAUAUUUUUGCAAUUAGUAAAUUAAAAUAUGAUAUCUUAAUACCAGCAAAUAUGCAGUUACUUAUGUAUAUAAGUGUAAACAUACAAACAAAAAUAAUAAAAUUAAAAAAAAUUUUUUUUUUUAAAUUAAUUUAAAAAAGUAAAUAAAAAAAAAUUAAAUAAUUAUUAAAAUAAUAAAACGAAAUAAAACUUAUAAACCUACGCAAAUAAAAUAUAGUUAGGUCGCGCAGCACUUUUUUGUUAUUUUGUAUUUCGUGUUGUAGGUGUAGUAGUUAUAUUCACGAAUGUGUCGUGUUGGUACUUUUUACGUACUUUUGUGCGCCUUUUUAUGCACAAACAAUUAACUACUAAUGAUUUUCAAAAUAUUAUUAAAGAAAAAUUUAGUAAUAUACAUAUUAAGAAAAUGCGAAAAUAUUUGUAUACAACUUUUAAUUAUUAAAAUUUAUUUAUUAAUUUAAUAUUUAUCAUUUCACUUGUAUGCAUUUAUGUUAGAGAUGUAAACAAAUGCAAGAUUGAAGCAAAGUUCUGCUUGCGAAUUGCGCAUCGCAAAUUAAUAUAGCUCUACACACAUUUACAUACAUACGAACAUAUACAUAUAUCGAAUAGUGUAAUAUAAAAUAUUUACUUAAUAUUAAUAAACGCAUAUGAAGAUUUGAAUAAAAACACACUAAUACACACAAA